AUGGUUUCAACAAUUGCAAAUUCAGCCGUUGAUUUAUUUUCAUUUCUGCGUGAAUGGAAAGAGGUUUUUGGGAAGCAGAUGGAUAUCAAUCAAAUAGAGAAAAAGUGCAUUCUUGGAAAAUUACGCUCUUCUUGCAUACGCUCUAUUGUUUGGCGAGUUUUAUUAAAAUGUCUGCCUCACGAUCGGAGUGAAUGGUUAUCUAUAAUAAAGCGUAACCGGUCAAAUUAUGCUCAGCUUAAAUCACAAGCUGUUGCGGACCGAAUUCAUACUGAAGAAAUUUCAGCAUUUGAUGUAGCGCUUUGCAAUCCUCUUUCAUCUUGGGAAAAUAAUCCAUGGCUGACGCAUUUUGAAGAUAUUGAGCUAAAAAAGACAAUCACUAAAGAUGUAUUACGAAUUUAUCUUUCUGUUGAUGAUGCAUUGCUUUUAAAUGAAUUAAACGAUCCAGUUUUUCUUGAACACGAUGCUUACCAAUUAUUUGCGCAGUUAAUGAUGCUUCUUGGAAAUUGGUAUGCUUGUAAUGAUGAAUCGUUUCAAUUGCCAAGUAAUAAUAAUGUUGUAAUAGAAGCAUUCUCUAUACAUGAUUAUUUACCCUCAAGCCAAAUAGGCGAGAAAAUUGCUCAUAUUAUGCAUGAUAUUCUUGCUGUUGUGGAUCCUGAGCUCAGUCGACAUUUGGAACGUCUCGAAAUCCUACCUGAAGCGUUUGGCGUACGAUGGAUAAGAUUGCUUUUUGGGCGAGAGUUCAGACUGAAUGAUGUUUCAUUUUUAUGGGAUGUAAUUUUCGCCUCACAGCCUUUAUUAUCGCUUAUGGAUUUCAUUUUUGUUUCUCUACUACAAAAUAUUCGACAUUUGUUAUUAAAGAGCGAUUUUGGAAAGUGUAUGAAUUACUUAAUGCAUUACCCAUCAUCAGUUGAUGUUCAUAUGGUCGUGCAACGUGCUCUAUUUAUCAAAUCACCUAAAGUUUCAAUAAUAUAUUUUUUUGAUUUGUGGAUUUGUGAAAAUUUUGUUAAUGCUAAUGGUUUAGUUAUAUUCAUUGAUUUUUCGCUUCGAAAAUGGAAAAUUUUUGGUGCAUUAAGGAAAUAUAAAUUCACACAUCUGCCAUCAAAAGCAAUAAAUUCAGCUGUCGAACAAGUUUCAUUUAUGAAAAAUACGGCCAGAUUAAGCAGCAAUACCAGUCAGAUUUUACUGCAACAAGAUGGAACAAAAGCAGCAGAAAAUGAAACAACUGAGCAGAACCAUAUAAACGUUGCGGUUAUGGCUGCUAGAGCACUUAAUAACGGGCUUAUGAGGAGAAGCGUGCCAAAAAGUUUAUCUGAUAAUAAUCGCUGUUUUCUUUUGAAUCAGAGAAAUGUUUCCACGACAACUUAUUCAACAAAUCACAGUGAUGUUGAACGGUUGAAGGAAAUUGAACGGAUCACUAUUUUGGUUAUGAAACAAAUCAAGAGGAUCACAGGUGAUAUCAGUUCCAUGGAUAUAAAUGUUGAGACUAGAACACGGCUUAUCAAUGAACUGGAACAAGUCUAUCUUAAUUUAGCGCAAAUGGCUUAUAAUGAAAAAUUUAUCGCUAAAAGAGAUUGUAGGCCUCAAAACAUAGCUUGUGAAGAAUUGCCAACAAAUAUUAAUUUUAGAAAAAUAACGGCACCAGAUAUAACAAAUACUUUUCCUGAAGGGCAUAAAUUAGGAAAAGAUAAUGAAAUGAGACCUUUGUUGGAUUCUCGUAUGAUUUUUUAUCUAUUCAUUAUGGAUCGCUUAUCAUGCAAUGAGCAGUGGAUAUGUUCUUUUCUCAAAAAUCCAAAUUAUAUGCUUUCAGUUGAUAGAUUGAAUAUAUGA